UAAAUUCAGUAGCAUUUCUAUUGCAUAAUUGAUGUGUUUUAUUAAGUUCUGAACGAGGUGUUAUAAAAUAUCUUUGUAUAUACGUAUACAAAUACGUAAGAAUGUUUUUGUUUUAAAAUUGAACUAGUUUCAAGAUUAACACAGUAGAUAAAAAUAGACGGUAACCGGUAGAAAGGACAAUGGACGAUGAAGCAAGGACGAAUCGAGAUCGUCGAUACCAAAGGAAAGUUCGAGAAACAGGAACAUUCUCACCACCUUGAGUCGGUGGGCGAAUAGUGCACUCUCGUGUCGUCGCUGCCGCAUUCAUAAAUUGUAACUCGUUGGAUAACAAAGCGAUCAAAGCGUCGUGAAGACACGAUUUAGUAGGUUCACAUCUUUACGGUGUUAAUUUUUCACGUGCAACGAAUAAGAUUUCACGAUGGUAAAUUUGAGAAAUAAAAAUAUUAUUGAGGAGAAUACCUUGACAUUCAAAAUAGAGAACAAUGUUUUGAUUGGCGAGGAGAUACCGAUUCAUAAGGAAUGCACAAAUGUCGGUGCGUUGGUAUUGGAGAAGAUGCGAAGCAGACCGGAGUUUGUCGCUCAAGUGGAAGCGGUUACAGGCACGGAGACCAUUUUCGCAGAAAUGACGGAGAAAAGCGUGAAAUGCGCGCUGUGGCUGAGGGAGCAAGCUGUUCAACCGGGCGACAUAAUCGGCAUUUGCACUCACAAUCACUUGGAAUCAUACGUACCACUGCUGGCGGCACUCUACGUCGGCGCCAUUAGCAAUCCCUGGGACAACGAACUUUCCCCAACGACCGCGCGUUACUUCCUCUUGCUGACAAGACCGAAAAUAGUGUUCGUGAACGCCGAGUCGGCCGAGUGUCUGGCGCAGACCAUAAUUGAAAACAAUCUAAAUACCAAGCUGGUGGUGUUUGGCAAACUGGCGGGAUUCGAGAACGCGUCUCUGGCAAACAUUUUGCGUUCUCAGGACGCCGCGAGGAUCGACGAAUUCGAGUGCGCGAAGCUGACCAGUCCCGAUCAUGUUGCCACGAUCGUUUGCUCGUCCGGUACGAGCGGCCUUCCGAAAGGUACCGAGAUCAGCCACGCGUCCAUGAUCAAUUACAUGGCUCACGUCAAGAUCCACGACCUCCGAGGACACGUGUCCAUGUGGACGCCUUCUAUGCGAUGGUACUGCGGCCUGUUCAUCGUUAUCAAGGCUAUUCUCGAUUGUUCCAAGAGAGUGAUAGUCCCGGAUUACGAAGACACCGAGGAGAUAUGUCACUUCAUCGAAAAGUAUGAGGUAUCCUGGUUUAGAUGCGACUCCUGCUUCCCCAUUCGACUGGUAAAGUUCGGCAUAUUAAGCAAGUACCGACUACCAACAUUGAAAAUCCUUUUGUUUGGCGGAGCGCAUUUCCGGGGAGAGCUGCAGCAGACUCUGGUGAAACUUUUGCCGCAUACCAAUGUCACACUGAGCUACGGAAUGACAGAUUACGGUGGAUUAUGCGCCCGUCAGACGAGACGCAGUAAACCGGGCAGUUGCGGAUUUGUGUGCGAAACAGGACGGCUGAAAGUGGUCGAUCCUAACACGGGAAAGAUCUUGGAGGCCAACAAAACCGGAGAAAUAUGGGCCAAAUCGUCGUACAUGAUGAAUGGGUACUAUAACAACUACGAGGCUACAAAAAACGCUAUCGAUUCCGAUGGAUGGCUGCACACUGGCGAUCUGGGUUACUAUGACGACGACGGCGAAAUCUUCCUCGUCGACAGAAUGUCGGAAUUCAUCAACUAUAGAGCCAUCAAGAUAUCGCCCGCGGAAAUCGAAGCUUUGAUUCAGCAACAUCCCGCAGUCCUCGAAGUCGCCGUAGUGGCGGUGCCACAUGCUAUCGAGGAGGAACACGCCAUGGCUUUUAUCGCGAAGGUACCCGGGAAAGAGACGACGGAGCUCGACAUAACCAACUUGGUGGAGCUGAACAUGCCGUGGUACUGCAGGUUGCAUGCGGGAGUUAAAUUCAUGCAGAAGCUUCCUCGCACGGCCACAGGGAAGAUCGCUAAGAAGGAACUCAAGCAGAUUGCUAAGAGUUACGCGACAAAUUAAAGUAAUUGUGCAAUUACAAAUUGUUAUUAUAUUUAAAGAAUAUACAUUAUUAUUAUGUAGUUAUUACUUUUAAGUAUUUUAAUUAUUUAAAAAUGUUUAGUCUUUCUGUGCAUUUUGUAAUAUAUAGCACAUUAAUGUAUAAUGUAUUGCAUUACAACAUAAUCAACAAAAAUCCUCUCUAUACACAUUUCAUUUCUAAUAAAUUAAUUUGAUACGA